AUGGACGUUUUCUUUUGGUUUUUUGGUGUCCAGCAAUUUUUAUUUGGCACGAUCGCCUUUGUGCGUCUAUUGGCAUGGACUGACAGGUGGAAAUGGACGAUUAAGUGGACAGAAAAGGGAAGAAAAAUAUUAUUUAUGGGACGGUUGGAUGGUGGUGCCGGCGUGCCAUGCAUAGACAGCACCUCGUUCUAGUCGGCAAACGAAUGGCUCGUUUUCGAUCCGCAAAUGUACGGAAAUGCCGGUCGAGAGCUAUUUCUUAAUAUUCGCCGAUAUCGCUAG